AUGGCGACCAGUCCAUGGAAGGAUUCCCUCAUUAAAAGAGGCACGGGAGGAUGGAAAUAUACAAGCAUCUUGCUAGCAAACCAAGCCCUGGCGACACUAGCAUUCUUUGGAGUUGCUGUGAACUUGGUUUUGUUCUUAACCAGAGUUCUUGGUGAAGAAAGUGCAAAUGCUGCCAAUAGUGUUAGCAAGUGGACUGGAACUGUUUACUUGUUCUCGCUGUUUGGAGCAUUCCUCAGUGACUCCUACUGGGGCCGUUACUUGACCUGCGCUGUCUUUCAAAUCAUUCUUGUUGCGGGCUUGGGGCUGUUGUCGCUCACAUCUUGGCUUUUCAUGAUCAAACCAGCAGGAUGCGGUGAUGGAAAACUAGAUUGCAUGCCCACAUCUUCAAUCGGCAUAGCCAUUUUUUAUUUAUCUAUAUAUUUAGUAGCUUUUGGAUAUGGUGGGCACCAACCUGCUCUAGCCACGUUCGGAGCAGACCAAUUUGAUGGGGAAAACCCUAAAGAAAAGGGAUCGAAAGUGGCUUUCUUUGGCUAUUUUUAUUUUGCACUCAACGCAGGGUCUCUUUUCUCAAACACUAUUUUGGUCUACUACGAGGACACUGGGAGAUGGACACUUGGGUUUUUGGCAUCCUUAGGUUCUGCUAUUAUUGCCCUGUUAUCAUUUUUGAUAGGAACUCCUGGCUACAGGCACGCAAAGCCAUGUGGAAACCCUUUGCCACGUGUUGCUCAGGUUUUUGUGGCUGCUGCUAAGAAAUGGGACAUGGUUCCGGCCAACCCGGAUGAACUGUAUGAAGUGGAAGGAAAGGAAUCUGCAAUCAAAGGGAGUAGGAAGAUUAUUCAUAGCAACAAGUUUGAAUUUUUGGACAAGGCAGCAACGAUAACGAAGACAGAUCUGGAUGGCCCAAAAAGUCCAUGGAGGCUCUGCACUGUGACUCAAGUUGAAGAAGUCAAAUAUGUUCUGAAAAUGUUACCCAUUUGGCUAUGCACUAUAAUCUACUCGGUCAUCUUCACUCAAAUGGCUUCUCUCUUUGUAGAGCAAGGAGAUGAGAUGAACACAAAGAUUGGAAGCUUUCACCUUCCAGCUGCUAGCAUGUCUGCCUUUGAUAUUUGCAGUGUCCUCAUCUGCACUGGAAUUUAUAGCCAAGUUCUAGUUCCCCUAGCUGGAAAACUAAGUGGUAAUCCCAAGGGGUUAACCGAACUUCAAAGAAUGGGUACUGGGCUCAUUAUUGGAAUGUUUUCAAUGCUUGCAGCUGGUGCCACUGAGAUUCUGAGGCUCAAACAUGCAAUGCCUGAUCAGAAGGGUAGUUCCUUAAGCAUAUUAUGGCAAAUUCCACAGUAUGUUCUUGUUGGUGCUUCGGAAGUGUUUAUGUAUGUGGGUCAAUUAGAGUUCUUUAAUGGACAAGCCCCGGAUGGUAUAAAAAGCUUCGGAAGUUCGCUUUGCAUGGCUUCUAUUUCACUUGGAAAUUAUGUUAGUAGCAUGCUGGUUAACAUGGUCAUGGGGAUUACUGCUAGAGGCAACAACCCCGGUUGGAUCCCAGAUAACUUGAAUAAAGGCCACAUUGACAGGUUCUUCUUCCUAAUUGCGGUGCUGACGGCUUUUGACUUUGUGAUUUACUUGUUUUGUGCCAAGUGGUACAAAAGCAUCAACCUUGAGGACAGCGCCGAGAAGCAAGGUCGAGAAGAAGAUGGAGUGCUCAGCAGAGUCUAGCGAUCUGAUCUUCACUACUUUUUGGUCAAG